UCUUUUCUCCGAAGUUAGGGCUUCUGAUAAACCCUAAACCCUUAAUCCUCCUUCAGUGUUCCUCAUUUCUCUGAAAUUAGGGCUUUUUCUCGCUUUUAUCGUUAAAGUUCUACGAUACUGUAAUUUUUUCUUCGAUUGAAGAAUUGGAAAUGGCUGAAGCUGCAGAAAGAGAGACGAAAAGGAGCGAAAUGCUUACUCUGUGCCUCCCAUCUCUCUCUGAGGAUGAUCCCCUUUUCUCCCAAAAGAAGGAUUUAGUACAUGGCAGCGACCUGACGUUUAAAUUUCAAGUGCCUGUGCCUUCAAAUAGAGAAGAGGUGUUCCAUAUAUUUGAACAAAUCGUCAGAUCUGCAAGAAUAUUGUAUCUAGAUGAGGUAGAGCUAUAUUUUAUGGAAGAUGAUGAUUAUGGUCCCUUUAGCUGCAGAAAUGAGCUUGAAUCCCUUAAUACAAUACUCUUAAUGAUUAGUUCCUUGAUAUCUUGUGCUAAACCUGAUGGGUUGGAAGUCUUGCAAAUCUUACAAAAUGCAACUGUGGCUAUGAUAAACUCUGUCGGUGCUAAAUACACAGACUACAUGGUUGCUAAGGACUUUCCUGUUGAUGCUAAAGAGCUGUUAAAAUGGGGGGACAGUUGUGGCAUAAGAACAAAGCUGAAGAUUGCUUAUUUUGAAGAAGCUGGAAGAGGAGCAGUUGCAUCAGAAGAUAUUAAAAUUGGUGACAUAGCUCUGGAGGUUCCUGAGUCGCUUAUCAUAUCUGAGGAACAUGUCCGUGAAUCUGAUAUGUUUGACGUUUUGAAAGAACUGGAUGAUGUUAGCUCUGAGACAAUGUUGUUGUUGUGGAGUAUGAAAGAGAGGAGGAACUCCAAUUCCAAGUUCAAGAUCUACUUCAAGACAUUGCCAGAAAAGUUUAAGACAGGAUUGACUUUUGGAAUUGAUGCUCUUGCUGCUCUUGAAGGAACCCUACUGUUUGAAGAACUAUUGCAGGCUAAAGAGCAUUUGCGCCAGCAGUAUGACGCAUUGUGUCCUACUUUAUUUGCUAAAUAUCCCAAGAUAUUCCCACCAGAGCUAUAUACCUGGGACUGCUACCUGUGGGCUUGUGAACUUUGGUAUUCAAAUGGCAUGAAGAUUGUUUGUUCUGAUGGAAAGCUGAGAACUUGCCUGGUUCCUGUUGCUGGACUUCUUAAUCAUUCGCUAUGUCCACAUGUAUUACGCUAUGGCAGAGUGAAUUCUGAAACAAAGUCCUUAAAGUUCCUUGUAUCAAGACAUUGUGGUGAAGGAGAGCAAUGCUAUCUUAGCUAUGGAAGCCUCCCUGGAUCUCAUCUAAUCACCUUCUAUGGAUUUCUCCCAAAGGGUGACAACCCUUAUGAUGUUAUACCUUUAGAUUUUGAUGUCCCAUCUGCUGAAAAUGAUAGCUCGUGUCAAAGUGGUGAACCAGCAAGAACCAGUCACAUGGUGAGGGGAACAUGGUUGUCCAAGAGUAGCAAGCCCCAUACAUAUGGGUUGUCCCCUCCAUUAUUGGCCCACCUCCGUUCUAUUUUGAGGAGCAGUGACAUUGAACUCCAUGCUGAGUUUCAUGGACAAGAUGAAGAAACUGAAAGGGCUGUUCUCGAUACGCUAAUCUCGGUCUUUAGUCCCAUGUUGGAGGGGCUCGGUGACACUAACGAAAUUGAUCGAGAAAAUCCCAGCUGGGACGUAAAGCUAGCAUUAGACUACAAAGAUUUGUUAAGAAGGAUUAUAUGCUCUGUUCUGGACUCUUGCGCGGCUGGCAUAAGAGAAUUAGAUUUGUCUCUAGUCCAACACUAAAAGGUGUUCUGAGUCACGCCGCACUUUAUUAAACAAGUUAUAGCAGGAAUAAUCAUCAAAGACUGUGGCAAUUGUAUAAUGGGUGGGUUUAUGAUGAGGUUGGCGUGAUGGGAUUCCAUGUGAAAAUUCGCUGUAUGUGGUCUCUCUCUCUCUCUCUCUCUCUUGAUUAUGUUAGCUUUAAAUUAAAGUUAGAAGAGUAUGGACCAUUCGUCUCUUGUGAUUUUGGUUAUCUGUUGGGCUUUUUAAGUUACUGCGUUCGUGUACGUGUUUCUUGAAGUGGGAAUGUUGGAGGGGAUAAAUUAAAGGCAAAUUAUGAACCAUUGUGGUGGAUUGUUCCUUUGUCCACUUUGUGUGAUUGUUAUGGGAUUUUAAUAGUUUCCAGAAUGUUCGCCAUCGUGGAGCUUGCUAAAAUUAAGUGGCUUUUUGACUCA